AUGUUCAUCUCGUAUAGUGUCAGCAGCUUGUGGCGAGUGAGCGAUUAUGACACGAGCUUCGUGUCAUCAACGGGUCCACGCGCCCCAAAUAACGAACGGCAACGGCGGGUAAGCACACGUCCAUUUGCGCAGAACUUGCGUCUGGCAGAGGAACCAGUCUGGGAUCGCAGACAACUUAUGAAGCAAGCUGGAGUUCUGCUUGAGUUGCUGGCGAUAAGCUCUGUUGCAUCAGCCAAGGCAGCACAAGUUGCAGACAAUCCGCCGACACAGCACACCAGCUGCCGAGCGGGGACUCCGUUCGCGAAAGUGACCGAUAAAGCUCGUUUCGUAGUGCAAAUAGGUACAACUAGUGGAAGCGAGCGGCUACCUCUUGUUAUAGGGCUCUUCGGCACCGAGGCGCCUGAAGCGGUCGAGCGUUUCAAGCAACUCGUGGAACAGCGACUGGUGCAUCACGGCCGACAACUCGGCUAUUCGUAUACAACGGCGUCGCGCAUCAUACCUAACCAAAGGAUUGAACUGGGUCGUAUAUCGCAACUGGAGGACUUGGCAACAGCUGAUGGUGUCCCACUUCGCCCGAGGAUGCUGCUCUCCCCGGGGACCCGGGAUCGUAACGCACUCCGGCAUCGAUGUGCUGGGACUGUAUCGAUUCCGCAUGAGCCGGGACGCGGUUUCGAGUUUUGCAUUCUACCUGUUGAUGUAUCCGAUGAGCAUGCAUUUGUUCAGGAGCUCGAUGCGGAAAAUGUUGUCAUUGGCUGCGUGAUCCAGGGUAUGGAUACCGUGCGCCAGCUCAACGAGAUUCCAGUGAGUCGACCUACCCCGCGUGACAUGCUGCGGCGAGUGGGGCAGGCCCUGGGCGACGUGCGUGCUCGCCAGGAUCCAACGUGGCGACCGCUGCGUAAAGUACGCAUCCUGGAAUGCUCCUUAAUUCCCUAA